UCGGGGGUGGGCAAGGUUUUCUGUUUACGCAUUUUCGGGGGAUUGUCUUUGCCAUUACACUGAACCACCGCCCUAGAUAAAGUCGUAAUUGAAACUCGGCUUUUAGGACUUUACGAGUGCUUGUGACCGAAAGCAGGGGACAUAGAAAUAUAAUAGAAGUCAAAAAGUAUGAGUGGUGAUAACGUUUCUGGACCCUUCAACAGGAACUUAAUCAAAAAUCCCUGUGGAGAAGAUGGGUUUAAUUACUGGACAAAGAUAGAUGGAGGUAAUGGAUGGGUUAUUGAGAACCACCACAGUGAUGCUCCAGAAGGAUCAUCAGAUAAGUGCUUUGUAUCAUCAUAUGGCUGGUGUGUUAAGAAACAAACAGUAGAUCUUAUUGAGGAAGGGCUGUCAAGGGAGUUUCUAGAUAGUCAACAGCCAGACAUCUGCAUCUAUGAUUGGUACUCUUGCCGUAAUGAUUGUGGAUGUACUUACUCAAUUACAGUCCGUCUCUUGGCUGAAGAUAGGAAAACAGUGCUAGCAAAAUUUGAAAAGCAUCCUCCUGAAAUUCCUCAGUGGAGCACACCUAUUUACAAAAAGGUGUCUUGUGUCUUCCGUGAUUAUGGGUCUGGUGUACGUUAUGUGAGCUUUCUACAUAGAGGAAAGGACACUCAGUUCUGGGCUGGACAUUAUGGAUCUCGUAUUACAAACUCCACAGUUGUAGUCCGUGAGAACAGACUGGAAGAUUUGGAAGGUGCUGACAUCAUAACUGCAUCCACUGAGGAAAAAGAAGAAUAUGAUGAUGAACAGUUCCCAGAAGAUAAGGAGCUUGAAGAGGAUGACAAUUUUUUGGAAGAGGAGUUGAAUGAAUAAAAUUCCAAAUAUUGGAAAGAAAGUGACACAAACUGACUUGCCACACUGUUUCACACUGACAAUUCUCUGAACUGGUGUCGUCUGACAACUAUACUGUACUGGUGAUGUACAUACAGCUGAGGAUACUGUUUGCAUUUCCAUAAAGCGAGAAACAGUUUGGGAAUUAUUAUUAUUCUUUUGACUUGACUGGAAAUGGGUUCUUAUCUGUAUUUUUAUUUUAUUUUAUCUUUUUUUUUUUAAUAAAGCUGUAACUGCUAAACACAGUUUAGACUGUUAGCUGUUAGGUUUAGGCUGCUCCUUUUCCAUAUUGUUACAUAUAUAGUUACAGGCACUUGGACAAGGUCAAUUCCAAAAUAUUUGUAACAGUAAGGACAGCUGUUUAUAACAUAUGAUCCAUAUAUAUUUCAUAUAUUUCCAAUAUAAAAUCAUGACUAGCUGAAGUUGAUUAUAUUUUUUCUCCUCGCUAUUUCAACAGAUGAUUACUGUAAUUGGUGAAUAAAUGAUCGUUUGUUUUAAAAUAUUUGCUUUCUUAUUUGCAUUUUACAUUUCUUUCAGCCUUCCUUGUUUCUGUGUUUAUGUUUUCAUACUUUCAUACUUUUGUUUAUUUUGUUGACUGCAUUAUUGCAUCUUGCUUAACAAUUUUGGCAGUACAAGUGUUGUUAUUCUUGUUUAGGUAGUAACAUAAUUUGUCUUGUCUAAAAUACUGAAAUAAUUUCAAGAGACUGACCUUGCCAAAAUCAUUAGUUAACCAAGAGCUAAAUGUAUGUAGCUUUGAAUCUGGUACCUGUACUGUUUAGUAAACACUGUGGCACUGCAGUUAUCUACAAAUGGUUAUAUAGAAAAUGGAAUUCACACAUUCAUUCAAACAUGAUGUGGCAAAACAACAGCUUGUGUGCAUCUUUUAAAAAUAACUUUCUUGUGAACUACCAGAAUUAUUACACUAUUAUCUAGAGUUUGGUGCAUGUCUGAAGAUGGCAGAGGUUUGAAGGCAUGAUGAUGAUGAAGGAUUUCAUGGUGGAGUAGUUAUUAACUAAUUUGCACUCUGAAAUUUUAAUGUCUAUUUUGUUAAUGUUUUUGUCCAGGCUGCCUGGGUGUUCGAGACACUAAUGUUGUUUGAACUGUUUCACAUUGGUUUUGUCUUAUCUGAAUUAUUUUCACAGUUCUUGCUUUGUGGUUAAGCUGGUAUAUAUAGAUAGCUGUUGGAUUUCAUCUUUGAUGAGGUUAGCAGACUUUUGGUGGACUUUCAGCAUUCUGUUCAUGAGCUUUUAAAGCUAUGCUUGAGAAGCAGUUUAAGAACAGCUUGCUGUGUUACUGUACCGACAUCAUGACUGUUAGCACUUUGUAACUUAUUACAGUUUGCUGCAUUCUUACUUGUUGAAAAGUAGCAAAGUUGCUGCUCUUGUCAUUAUGUUUGUGCUUGAGGAUUCUAGUUUUGUUUGUUGUGAUGUGGUCAAGUGCCCAAGUGAAUGUGUUGCUGUGUUUUUCCAUUGUAUGGUCAAUUUCUGGAGUUUGGACUUUGUGUGAGUUUAAUUUCACCCAAGCUAGUAGGUCAUGAAAGCUUUGCUUCUCUUUGGAAUAGUGUUCAAGAACGUGUUCACUUAUAACAUCACUUGAGUGGACACUUUUGUAUGUUCUUCAUUGGUAUAUUUUUGUAAAUGUAUUGGUUAUUCCAUAGUGCUUGUUUUGUAAUAACCUAACAUUAUUUGCUGUAUGUUUUUAAAAGUCAUUGUAUUGUUUUGCUACUUCGCUUUAUUGGUAUUCAGUGCUUAGGAAAUAAACUACAAUAAACUUUAAGUUAGAAUUAAAGUGGUAUAUUGCUUCAGUCUUCAGUUUAGGAAGUAUAGCAAGGCUGUAGCAAUACUUGUCUAAAGAUUAAAAUGUACUAUAUGGUACAUGGUAAAAUUAAUGGGUAAUAGUAAAACAAAAAGGUGAACAAUGCUUACUCCGAUGCACAGCUGUAUGGGCCUUAAGAAAUAACAAUCCUGUUUGCAGAGAAACCCUGAUUGGCAUCCUGUUUAUGAAUUGAUCUGAUAUCCAUUUUUAAGCUAUCAAAGAGAACUCAGCAGUUAAUUCAUCCGAAGUAAUGCUCUGUUUUGCAGAAAACAGUGUGGUGACCUUGGCAUUUGUUUCGGUCACUCACGGAAGUUGCAACAUCAGCCAUCUUAGUGGCUUCAUCUCAUCAUUUCUUUAUGGAAUAUUUCCUAAGCAAAAGCUUCUUUCAGGAAAAUCAGAUAGAAAUAGUUCUGAUUGUAUUUUGUGUCAAGUCGACAGUAUAAUGCAAUAGUUCAUAUUAAGCUGUUAACUCUGAUAUGACUUUUAAGCCUUCCACUUAGUGACACUUCAUUUUACUAGGCUGACAUUGAAAACACAGUUGCAUCUAAUAAGCCUGCACCAAAAAUAGUUUUGAGAUAAUUAUGCUGGGAAAGUCGAUUUUAUGAUAAAAUACUGAGUCUCAUGUCAAUAUGUUUGCAAUCCCUCUUCCAUUACUGCUUGUAACAGUGCCUUGAGGAGCUAUAUGUAUACAGCCUUGUUUUGUGAAGAUAACAGCUGUUCUCUGAUUUUGGUGUGUUGAACUCUGGAAUAUUUCUUUACUCCUUUGAAAGCUUUAUUUUUUUCUACCUUGUAUGUGUCUAUAGGCUUGGAAUCUUUUGAAAUGACUCUGUCUUUUAAAUUACAGGUCUGUAAUGACACAGAAAUUAGAAUUGUUCUUAUGGUAUUUGCUCAAGACUGCUCUAGCCUUCCAUAAUGUUGUUUCCAAAUGAGCUUGCCUCCAUGUACCGGUGUCAACACACAAAAGAGUGGGGAGGAGUUUACUGUAGCAGUCUGUACCAGGAUGUUGUAAGAGUUUGAAAAGUUCUAACUAAAACAAUAUUCUCAUCCAAGAAGACUUUUCAUCUGAAAUUUGGUGGUGACAAAUAUGUGUAUGUUUACUUUGCUUAAGAUUUAUUUACUGUUAUUUAUUUAUUUUUUGGAUGGCUCCUCAGUCUUGCCUUAUUUUUUUAUCUUUGUUUAACCCUUCAAUGUUUAUUUUGCAGAUUUUCUUCAGUGGUAAUUAGUAAAAAAAAAAAAAAAUCUUACCAGUAGACAUCUGAAUUAAUUUGAACUUAUCAUCAUUAAGAUCUUGAUUCGUCCAUGAAAAUCUGUUUGUAAUAACUGCAAAAAAGUUUAAACUUAUAUAUAUAUAUAUAUUAAACAUCAGUGGUACUGAAUGCUUACAAUAGAAACCUUGUACUGUAAUUUAAUGACAUGUGCAUGCACAGUGUAUUUGAAGGAUAUCUCCACAUCGUCAACGAGGUGUAAACAUUCAGCUCCAGAAAACUUGUCAUUUAUAUAAUAGCAUUAUUUUAAAAAUAUUUUAUGUGGUUCUAUGGUGUUUGAUCAUACUAAUUUAAUGUUGAAUUAAAAACAGACAAAAAAAGUUAGAACACAGAUAGUACCAAAAGAAAAUAUUAAAUGAAAUAAUAUUGGGAAAGGAAAAUUAUUUCCUCUUCCAAUAUUAACACUAAAACCUCCAUAACACUAGCCUCUCAAGGUUACUUUCUUUGCAUCUAUGUCUGAAACACAUAAUAACAUGGUUACGAUUGCAGACCUCAUCAUAACCCACCAUGUUCAUUUCAAAAUCAGUCUGCUGUUACUUAUGAUGCAAAACAGUUUAUUUUGUUACAUAUAAUAGGGGCUGCAUUUCCCACCCCAGCCCCAUUUUCUGCAACUACCUGUUAUGUUUCAAUAUUUGUAUCAGAGAAUAAAUGAUUUAGCCGAUUCUGCCUUGCUAGAAAUAGAUAUAACUAAUUAAUUUUAAAAUCAGUCUGCUGUUGCUUGACAAAUGCAUACAGCACUUCAUUGUGCCUUCCUGCCAAAAUAUGCAAGUAGUUUAUUUCAGAUUCAGUGUGCUAUUAGUUGGCACAUACUUACUGUAUAUCAAAACAAUUUAUUUUAGAGAAAAUAAUGUCUCAAUUCCUACAGCAUUAUUUCAGUAUUUCAUUUAUAACAGUUAGCAAGUGCUUCUGAUAGCUCUUGUGAAGGCAGUGUGUUCCUGUCACCCCAUACAACUUUUGCUUUACAGUAUGAGGUAUUAGAGAAUCAAUGAAUGAUGUAGUCAGUUGUGUCUUCUUCCUUCUAAAGGCCAUAUUAACUUAGUAUCUCCACUCGUGAGGCUGUACUCCAGUAUUUUAUUUACAGCUAUAUACAAUUAGUUCUAGCAGUGCUUCUGAAUGUAGUGUCAUUGACUAACUGUACAUUACUGUAUUUCAUUCUGUGAACAGCACAGCUUUGCCUACUAAUCCUACAUUGUCAUUGUAGUUCAACCCAGUAGUUGGCAUUAACAAAUUAUUGUUUAUUUUCUUUUGUCUAAUGUGCAAGCCAACAGUUGGCAUUGGCAAAUGAUUAUUUUUCUUUACCCAGCUAUUCACAUGCAUUACUUCCUUGUAAUCUGUUAACUUAUUUUUUUUAUCCUGCAGCCAUCUUUACUUUUUUUAUCUCAACGCAUCAUUUUCCUUUUAGUAUUUUUUUCUGCAGUACAAAUUAGACAUAUCCAAAAGACAUUAAAACCCAGCUUUGUACUUUAGGUUCCGUUGAUCUUUUUGUUUUUUUAUCUGUGCAGUAUGCACAUUAAUCUAUAUACCAUUCUUACAUAUUUUGUGUUAUGACCAGGAAAUAUUAAAAAAAAUGAAUCUAUGCAAGACUUAUCAUUAUUACCUCUUUACCAAAUGCAAAUAAAAUUAGACAUUUAGUGAAUAACAAUACUGUGUGCAAAAAAAAAAAAAAAAAUAGUUUACUGAUUGCAACCUACCAUGAGACCUAAACUCAAACUUAUACUAUUCCAUUUUUUUUGCUGUGAGUUUUAAAUAUGCCUGUUUUGGCAAAAUGACAUAAUAUGGUGUCCACAUUAUUUUUCCUUAGUGUUUGAAAUGGAUUUCAGUAGAAACAUCUUCAAGUUGCAAAUGGGAUAUGUUUGCUUUGUAAACAUAACUUCACUAGACCAUACUGCUGCUUUAUUGUUGGCAUUUGCUGUUGUACACAUUUAACCACUUUAAUUCAGAUUUAUUGCCUUUGGAUAUAUACAGUCAUUGGGUGUAUAACUUACUGAUGUCUAAAAAUUGUUCACACUUUAUGCAAAAUUUGCUAAAACUGCCUAUGCAAACAAAAGCACGCUUAGCUUUGUAUGUUUGAAUCAAGUUUUGUGCUGCAAAAUUAAUAAAACUCUUGCUGCUGCAGGUAUCAAUA